AUGAAUUGUCACCAGCUCCAAAAUAAUGCUGAUUGUGAAGUGAUUCGUUCUCAUUUCAAGGUGUAUGCCGAAGAAAACAUCCGAAUUCUUAUAAAUAGUAGUGAAUUGGAAGAGCUGAAUUGCCCCGAAGCAAGUGACCUGUUCGAAAGUGACGAUGAUGAUGAGAGUAGUGAAGAUGAAGCUGAUGCGAACAAUGAAGACGGUAGUAGGCCGAGAGAGAAGACUUUGCAAGAUAUUGAAAAACGCGCACAGAAAAGGGCAUAUAAACAAAAGUGGACUGCUCGACGGAACGACCUUCUUUGGGAUUACUACGAAUCAUCGUGGUACUCAAUCUCGAGUGCUGUACAAAUGUUGGAAAUAGCGCAUAUGAUCGGGAAAUCAUCGGCUGAAACGAUGUGGUGCGCGGUGGUUGGCUUGAACAGUCAAUUGGUCGAUCAGCUGAUAUCAAUUGAGGCGUACACGAACGUUUGUAUCGAUAAAUUACGUCCGUUUAUUCGCAGAUAUUCACCGAAAGAUGCGAGCGCUCUGAAGGGUGACGAUGUGUUGAGGAUAUCGUUCGAUAAAGAAUUAACAAUUCCAAUGUAUGCGCAUUGGUCACUGUAUAAAGGUAUGAUCAAUGAUGAAUACUUUAUGUGUCGUACCCAGUUCUGGCAACAACGCGGUGACGCCAGAAUGAAAGCACUUCUCGCUGAUCUUGGAUUAACGCUGAUCGAAUGUAAACAACUUUAUUCAGCACUGAGUCAGGAGCGUAAAAAAGAAGUGUUCAGAGUGCUUGAACAGGAAAUCAAUUCAAGUUUCGCUUCGUUUACGGCUGUUAUAGGGUAUUGCAACAGGUUCAAUGCAUCCGAUUUUGCGCGUGCAUUAUGUGUUCGUCUUGAAGUGGGUCAAUCUGAGAGUGAAUCUGUUUACGAUCGGUUUUCUGCCUCAAUGCAUAUCUUGAGAACAUUUCUUGAUGGGAAAGGUAAUUUGUCGCCGUUGACGAAAGCAAUCGAAUCUUAUAAAUCAUGCCUGGAGUAUAUCACAACACAUGUGUUCAUGGUUAUAAACCAGAGUAUUAUCCUCUCGACGGGUCCUUUCCUUCUUCUCUGUCUUCCGUUGAGUGACGAGACACGAAUCUUGACGUCGAGACAUUGUCUGUUCACAUUCGCAAAACAUGCAUUGAGGGCCUUUUGUACAUCGGUUUGUUUGUGCGCAGUAUAUCUCUCCAUUUUUUGGUUGUGUCAAAGAAGUUUGCUUUCUCAUCGAAAUGAGCAGAUGCAUUCCAGUGUUUGUCGAGUAGAUUGA